GUCAUUUGUCACUUGGUGGUUGUCACUGUAACAUUAAAGUUCUGUCAAAGUCAAAUAAUUUACUCUAUUAUUUUGUCGAAAUAAAGUAAAAAAAACUUGUUAAAUUAACUGUUAACUUUAUCCAAUCGCGUUUCAUUCACACAAACUACAUUUUAUAUUGUUAAAGUAACAUGGGAAUAGAAAACAUGCGUCGCUGGCCUAUGUACAUCGUAUUUGCUGUGUGUAUUUUGUUGUUACUUUCACUAUUUAAUAGCUGGAGUGCGGAAAACAUAUUGCGAAACAGACUUACAGAAAUAAAUACACAACUUCAAGAAUGCUCCAAGCAACAGACAACCUGCAUGGAGGAGUCAUUAACUUUGCUCGAACAACGCGACAGCUAUGUGACCAAAAUGAACGAAUUAGAUAAACAAAAGUCUAAAUUGGCUGACGAUGUAGAGAAAUUCAAGACUAAGCUCACGAAAUCUGAAGGCCAGGUGAACCACACGAAGGUAGACGUGGAACUGUGUAAAACAGAGUUGCAGUCGUUGAAGAACCUGCAGGUGAGCAAGACAGCUAUUGUGGAGACCUUGCGACUGGAGAAGGACACCCUAACGACACAGCUAGCUGAAAGAAAGCAGAAGAUUGACGAGCUAGAGAAAGAGAUUGAGAGGUUGAAAUUAGCAUUGACCACAAAAAGUUCUGCCAAUUCAUCUGUAGUCUCCAAGGUGACUCCAGCUGCUCAACCACCAAAAAUAAGCCCUGCCCUAAGUGCCCACAAUCCUAUAAACGAACCAGUCUUGGAGAAUAAUGAUGCUAAAGAAGAAUUAGAAGACACAAAUGCCUUGAAUGAUGGCAAUGAAUUUGAUCCUCAGUUACAAUAAGAAGUAGUAGACUUAGCUUAGGUUGUGGUGGUCUGGUGGUGUGCUAAUCAAUUACCAAGAGGACAAAGUGUGAGGCUGAUGGUAGAAAGGCUGUAAGCUAAAUAGUGUACAUAAUUACAAGUAUUACUUGAAAGUUCUUAUGAAACUUGACUCAUCUUACGAAGCAAUUAAUGAAUUAUAUCCACUUUAAAUAGCAUGCAGAUUAUAAAAAUAUUUUUCCUUUAGUAUAUUGUUAUUGAUAUGGUUAAAAUGGAAUUAUAAUGUGAUUUCAGGUAUAUGCCUUAGAUUUAAUAGGUAAUUAGGUUAAAUUGAUUGAUAAAAAACAAAUUACUAUGCCUUGUAACGGCUAGGAUUAUACUUAUUUUAUGCAUUAAGAUAAUGUUAUCAGUUAUUUCCAUGUUUUUAGUAUUACUGAGUUUCAAACUGUUAGAACAAGAAAAGAGUUUUUGGAAUUGAUAGUUGUUUUAGGAAAUCCCCAUUGUUCAUUAUCCUUGAAUAAUUGUUAGCGUGUCCAAACUGAUUAUAAUCAUUUAAUUAUUGUAACUAAUUGCAUUUACAUAUACAGGUGAUAGUGAAUGCCUUUCUACUGUCAUUAUUCCAUGAAUGUAUUUUUAUUUUAAUGAAUAUUAAUCUAUACAGUGUAUGGUACGGAUAGAUUGAACUUUAUAAUUAUUUUAAUAAUGUGCAAUUUUUAAUGAAGCCAUGAUUCAUACUCGAUUAGAAGUAAUUUUAGGUAUAUUUCGUAAUUCACAAGUUAUAUUUAGUACAUGGAUGUUGGAUUUUGCUAGUUAAUAAAUGCCAUGAUUGUGCCACAAAUGUGUAUUAAGAUCUGACAUGUGUAAUUUAUUUAUUUUGCUCAAUUUUCCAACUUGUAUCCAUUCAAUUGAUUCGAAUUUAUAUGCCUCCUUUGUAAACUGAUCUAAUAGUAUAAAAAUUUAUUAAUGAAAUGUGCAAGAAUAUGUUCCAAAUUAUAUUGUCCUAUAAUGUACAUGUAUUAUUAUGAUUAAUGUUAGUAUUGUUUUCAUAAUUAUUGUCUUUUAUAGUUGAGGAAUAAAUUGUAUAGAUUUUUCCUUUUUUA